GUUAUUUUUCAAUGUCUGUCCAACCGUCAGAUAAAAGUCCCCGUUCAUACCUGCUGCUGUGCCGUGUGGGCCGGCCCAGCCAGCCAGCAGAGCCUGCUCUUCAUUACAUCUCCUUUGUCCCUCCCCCUCCGCCUCCGCCUCCCCCUCCGCCUGCCUGCCCGCUCCCAGCAGCGCUGCGACGGUCAAAGGAUUCACACUUGCGGCGCUCAGACGACCGGCAGCCGGCGGCUCCUGGCCCAUCAGUCCGUACACGACAAGAGUAGUGAUGGUUCACAUGGGCAGAAUGCGCCAGAAUCCUUGAAGAUAAACUAAAGGCUGCAGAGAAUACCUGAUCAUCCUUUGAUUGCUGUACGUACAACUGGUGCCAUGGUUGCGCUAGAAGCUAAGGUUACACUGCUGAGGUGUACUUUUCUCUUUCUCUACUUGAGUGUGUGCUUUUGCCAGCGUGACUGCACCGGCGUGGACUGCCCACAGCUGGACAACUGCAUCCAAGAAGUGCUGGAGAGUGGCAGCUGUUGCGCUUCAUGUCUGCAAAAAGGAUGCACAUGUGAGGGGUACCAGUACUAUGAUUGCCUCAAUUCUGGAUUCAAGAAUGGCAAGGUGGGCGAGGGAGAGUCUUACUUUGUUGACUAUGGCAGCACAGAAUGCUCCUGCCCCGUGGGAGGGGGCCGGAUCAGCUGCAACUUCAUCAGCUGUCCGGAUAUGCCGCCGAACUGCAUCGAGGUUUCAGAGCCUGCGGACGGUUGCAUGCAGUGCGAACGCGUUGGAUGCGUCCAUGGCGAGCAAAAGUAUGAGGCCGGACACUCCUUUCAUGUUGAUCCCUGCCGGGUGUGCCACUGCCCCAACGAAGGAGGGAAUCUAAUGUGCUACCCUGUGCCAGAUUGUGACCCGCAAAAGGUCCAUAAACCAAUUUUGGCUGCACCAACAGGGGAGGACGCGGGCAGCAGGGGCAAAAGUUACCCCGACAGGUUCAACCUACAUGGUUCAAUGGAUCAAUUCUCCACACCACAUCACAUACCUCCUAUUGGGAAUCUUCCUCUCUUCAAAUCGCCGCCUUUGGACAAGGAAGAUCCAGAAGAUUAUGAUUACGGUCCUACAGUCUUUUCAGAGACCUACCCUCAAUCUCUGGUCUUCCCCACCAAGUUGUCCUUAUUUAAUAAGAUCAUCUCUUUGUCCCCAGAAUUGGACAGACCGGACCUUCAGAGCUUUGACAGGCAAAGCAAGCUGGAGCUGAGAGAGCAAUAUGGAGUUCAUGACCACUCGUCAGACAAAGAGGAAAUAACAGAAAGUCCCCUGAAACAACAGCACAGUACCAUCAGGCCACAUUUGCACAAGGAUGCCACUAUUUCUUGGCAGCCAACACAGGCUCCAACAAGUACGCAAAGUGUCUCAUUCAGUGAUCUGACAACACAGAAAGAUUUGGAGAAGUCGUUGCAUGCACUGAAAAGUUCAGAUAGGAUCAUAUUUCCACAUAUGAGUCCUGAGAGUGGAGAUCAUCAUCAGAGAAGCUCUGGGACUAAGACAAGUCACCAAAAUGCAUCGGAUAGUGUGACACCCAGUGGUUCAAAGAGUUGGAUUAGUCAUCCAGUGAGAGGUACAGACAUUCAAACCAAUCAGCAGAGACGAUCAGAAAAAGGGGAUUUCCAGCUGAACAUACUGAAAAGCCCAGAGGGCUCUAUCCAUUCCGAGGCAACUUCAAAUGGCCACACAGUAUCACAGGGGACGGUCUCACAGGGCAGUGAGGAAGGGAUGGAUGAAGAAGAGAUUAUAGAGGAGGAGGAUGAAGAAAUAGUGACAUUUCAAAGUGUCACUGAGCAUGAAAGAAGUGAUGUUCCCUACAAGAUAAAGUUAGAGUUAGCACAACAGUCAGAGAGCAGCAAUCCAACCAGCAGCUAUGAAAAGAGCACACUCCAGCCCAGCACCAGCUCCCUCAGGAGGCCUGAGUACCUGACAACCCCCAUGGUCCAUUAUAUAAGCACUACCCAGUCGCCAGUAAGGGUCGAGCUGAAUGAGACUGAGCCCAGCAGAAAGCCAGGUCAGAGGCGGGUUAACCUUCACAGUGAAGACCAGGAAGAGGUGACGGAGAAAGAGGAGGAGGAGAGGAAAGUGCGGCCUGGUUUGCUUGUCAACCCUGAUGGAGGUCCAGGUGUUUCUCCUGAAGACCUGCUGCAGAGCUGCUGUGCUGCUGGCCAGAAAUGGGCCACAGAAAACCACCACUGCAACCACAUGCCACUGCUGAACAAUGACAAAAAUUCCAUAUGCAGUGUUGCAGAGAAGCAAUGCUGUCUCAGCUUUAUAAAGGAGAGCCAGUGUGAAUCAGGCAUGACUGCCGCCAGAGGAGGGGACACCUGUGAAGGGGAGGAGAACCAGUGCACAGAUGACUCCUACCAGGUGUGCUGCAGCUGCUGUUCCCUGGGCUUACGGGCGCAUAGUGAAGGAUGGGGUUGUGAUGCCCACCAGUACCUGGGAUACCCGUGUGGACACGUCUUCCUCACCUGCUGCCAGAAGGAGGACAGUCAAAGCCAGAUCCCGCUGAGAAGAAAGCAGAAGCCCAGACCAACUUCUAUGCCAAGAAAAGUCUCCGACAGCAGGUUUCCCAACGAGGCCUUCUCCAUCAGCGCCACAGAAGAAGCUGCCAACACAGUGGAGGAGCAGGGGGAUGUGGAUGAGUGUCAGCUCUACCCGGGCCAACUGUGCCAGCACACAUGCACCAACAUCUGGGGCUCCUACCGCUGUGGCUGCAACCAGGGCUACAUUCUGCAACAGGACGGAAGCUCCUGUGCACCAGUGAGUCAGGACGGAGACAACAGAGUCCGAGAGUACAGUCCUGCUACCACCACACCCAGCGCAACCACCACCAGCCCUGUCCGCCUCAAUCCAUGUGCAGAAAACAGUCCUUGCAGUCAGCAGUGUACCGUGGUGGCCGGCCGGCCUCGCUGCUCCUGCUUCCCAGGGUUUUCGCUGAUGACAGAUGGACACAUGUGUGAAGAUGUGGAUGAGUGUGCAACCAACACCCAUAGCUGUCGGCCCAGCGAGCAGUGUGUGAACACGGUGGGUUCGUUUAUAUGCGAGCUGCAGGUCCCUUGUCCUGCCGGCUUCCAGCUGAGGAACAGUGUGUGCAAGGACAUUGAUGAAUGUGUUCGGCAAACCCAUAACUGUGGUAUGGGCUUUGUGUGUGAGAACACAGCGGGCUCUUUCCUGUGUAAUCCCAAACACAAGUGCAUCAGCGGCUUCACACAGGACUCCCAUGGCAACUGUAUCGACAUAAAUGAGUGCAGCAGUCUUGGUGAGCCGUGCGGGUCGGGCUAUAAUUGCAUCAACACCGUGGGCUCCUACACCUGCCAGCAGAAGAUCAUAAUGUGCAACCCCGGCUACCACGUCAGCCCUGAUGGAGCCACGUGUGUCGACAUUGAUGAGUGUCAGAUGGGGACACACCGCUGUGGAGUGGGCCAGAUCUGUCACAACCUCCCUGGCAGCUACCGCUGUGACUGUCAGACGGGCUACCAGUAUGACGCCCUCCGCAAAGUCUGCAGCGAUGUAAAUGAGUGCUGGCGCUAUCCUGGCAGGCUGUGUGCCCAGACCUGUGAAAACACCCCAGGCUCCUACUACUGCUCAUGCACAGCCGGCUUCUCCCUAGCAUUUGAUGGCAAGAACUGUGAAGAUGUAAACGAAUGUGACAAAAACCCGUGUGGCCAGGAGUGCGCCAACAUCUACAGCUCAUACCAAUGCUACUGUCGCCAAGGAUACUACCUGAAAGAGGACGGACACACCUGUGAAGAUAUUGAUGAGUGCUCCCAGAGCAUUGGGAACCUUUGUACCUUCAAGUGCGUGAAUGUUGAUGGCAGCUACCAGUGUGCCUGUCCUGCUAAUGGAUACGUCAUGUCGGCCAAUGGACGCACCUGCAAAGAUAUUGAUGAGUGCUCAACUGGCUCCCACAACUGUUCAUAUGGACAGACCUGCUAUAACCUCCAGGGAGGCUUCAGGUGUCUCUCUUUCGCCUGCCCUCACAACUACAAGAAGGUGUCCGAUACACGAUGUGAGAGGGUCAGCUGUCCCAGCAACUCCUUAGACUGUCAGAACUCCCCUCUACGCAUCACGUACUACCAGCUCAGCUUCCAGACAAACAUCAUCAUUCCUGCCCAGAUUUUCCGGAUCGGACCAUCCCCCGCCUACUCGGGCGACCAUAUUCUCAUCGGCAUUAUCAAAGGCAACGAGGAGGGUUACUUCAGCACCAGAAAGCUGAACAGCUUCACCGGGGCUGUGUACCUGCAAAGACAGGUACGCCAGCCCAAAGACUUCCUGAUAGAUGUGGAGAUGAAGCUGCUGAGGCAGGGGACGUUCACCUCGUUCCUCGCCAGGAUCUAUGUCUUCAUCACAUCCAGUGCUGUGUAAUACCCAGGCCAAACAGACAGAGAGAGAGAGAGAGAGAGAGAGAGAGAGAGAU